AUGAGAUCAUUCAUCAAAUCACAUAGAAAGACCGAUUCAACUGUAUCCAGCACUUUAGAAAGUCAACUACUAGAAAGCAACAAUGUCACCUCCAAUCACAGUCAUUCUAACUCAGCUACUUUGAUUUCAACUUCAGAUGAUUAUUAUCCGCCUACAUCAUACAGUAAUCGUUCUUCAACAACACCUGCUCCUUCACCGAAAAUACAACAGCAUCUUCAAUUUACACCACCGCAAGCAGGUCACUCGAAUUCUUCCAGCAUUAGUUCGCCAAAGAAAUUGUUAACCCCCAUUAAGAAUUUGUUUGCAUCAUCUUCGCAUUCAAAGUCAACCGUGACCACACCCAGUUCGAGUGAGAAUUUAAGCAAUUGCAUCAACGGUGUUUCUCCAAAGGACUCUAAAGUGAAAUUUUUAAAACAUAAAAAAAGUAAGAGCCAUAUUUCUAUAUCUACUGAUCUAACUAAACUACCGGAAGAACCAUUGAAUAGUUUAUAUGAUAAUAAGACCUAUACCAAGCUAACAUCUUUUGAACAUACCAAACCGAAACCCUCCAAACAUUUGUCAUCAACAAUCGAGACAAGUAUACAGAAACCUCAAUUAAAUGAAAAGCGACCCAACUCAACUGCAUUGGUAGACAAUAAGAGAUCUCUGUACCAAAAAGGCGAACACUUUUCUGAUUCAAAUCAAAGCAAAUCGUUACUCGAUCCAUCAACUACAUCUUCAGGGUUGGGACCACCAAUAUCAUUGUCACAAACUUCAUCCUAUGCAUCAAGUAAUACAUCAAUUGCAGAGAGUGAAAGCAAGUUCAAUACCAAAAAUGUUUUAUUGGAUGCAAUACCACUUCUGGAGAAUGAUAAGAGUACAAAAAAGAGAGCACACUCGGAACGAAUGGUUGAUUUUGAAUUUCCCAGUAAGGAUACGUAUUAUACACAGAAUAAAGAAGAACAACAACAGAGAUAUUAUGAUGAAGACGAGGAUGAUGAGGAUAACGGCGAUGAUGAUGAUGAUGAUGACGAUAAUUCAUCUCAAUUUUCAUUUGUGCACGACAUGAAAGGAGGAAGAAAUACUUCUGUCAAAUACUAUAAAACAAAAAAUUCCAAAAACACUAAUAGUGAUGAGGGGCUACUGAAUACAUUCAAUGAACUUGAUUUGGGAUACGAAGUUGAUGAGUUUUCAGAUUACGAUUAUGAAAAUAACGGAGGCGAUUUAGAUGAUGGAUAUGAUGAUUUCGGUGGAUUUGAAGAAGAUGAUAAUGAAAACUACAACAAGUAUUUUGGCAGUGAUUUGGAAGGUACGAAUGAUGAUGGUGAAGGGAUUUUUCAGCCAAACUCCAUUAAUAAUCACAGUCCUAAAGAAAAGUUGAAUGCUCCAGAUUUAGGAAAGGAAAUAGCACAAGAGUUUAUCCAGACACCCAAAGAACUUGGUCAAUCUUUUUUUCCUAUCGACGAUGAUCGUCCACGUACAAGAAACAAGUUCAAUCAAUCUUUUCAUUUAUCGAUUAUUGGUCCAAAAACUCAAUCACCAAAGGCUAGUCCAACUAAAUCAGGUUUUGAAGAAGACAUUCUAGAAAACUAUCUUGAUAAAAGUGAUAGAUCUUCAUCCGGCUCCAAUAGUAAUUUGCUGGAUCAGAAUGAUUUUGAUACUUGUAAUUUUGAGUUGUUUGCCUUGAAUAGUCCUAUUAUAAACGGGUUAACAAUUGGUAAUAAUUUACAUCACCGAGGUGGUCGUCAUAAAGAUUUCAUCAAUACCAAUCGAUUGAUCAUUCACAGGAAACCUGUUGAUUUCUAUGAUGAUAAUUCAAAUGUUUCUGGAUUUUAUUUAGAUAAUAAUGAGAGAUCAACAAUAUAUUUGCAUGCAUUUCAUGGAUCAAUUGAUGAUGGGUUUAAUAAAACAAUAGACGAAAAAGUUAAACAGUUUGAAGAAUUCACUGAAAAACUGAUAAAUAAAAUUCAACAUAUUAAGGUGAAUAUUGGAUUGGGAAUUACCACAGCGCUGGAGACCGACCAUGAAAAAUUUAAACUGACAUAUGCAGGCAGUAUAUCUACCACUGGUUCAGCAACAAGUAAAUUAACUGCUCCGGUAAGUGAUAUAGCUAGUAGUAGCACGGGAAACUCUACUAUCCAUACAAAUACUGCCUCAAAAUUGAAUACUGCUGAAAAUGCUCCUUUACGCCAAUCUGUUAAUGACAUGAUGGCAUUUUUAGGCAAUUUGGAAAGUAAACAGGAAACAGCUGAAGAUGGUAAUCUCUCUGAAAAAGCUGGCAAUGAUCAGCGAAACUCCAUUAUUGAUAUGAUGGGUAUUCUUGGGAAAUUGGAGGAUGACAUAAACAAACAGACAGGAUCUACAGAGAAAUCCAAACUGGAAGUCCGAAAUUCUAUAGUAGGGAUGAUGGAUUUGUUGGCCAACUUGGAAUCGAAAGAACUUGACACAAGAGGUGGUAAAACGGAAGACAAAAAGAAACAAGGAUCCAAUAAAUUGAGAAACUCAGUUGCAGGUAUGAUGGAUCUAUUGGCCAACUUAGAGACCACUACAACGAGUGAUAAACCUAAACAAGACAAUCGACAAUCAGUAGUUGAAAUGAUGUCAACUUUAUCGGCUUUGCAAGAACCACUUGCAAUUGAAACCACAAACUUGAAUAAGCAAAAUAAUGCCCCAAAAUCAUUAGAACAUGAACCAAAACGAAAGGCAUCAUUCAAAAGAUACUCAUGGUUUAAUAGUCAGGAAAGCUUGUCAAUCAAGGAGAAACUGCUGGUGAAAGAAUGUGAUCCAACAGAUGACAAUGACAAAUACAACACAUCAUUAGAUCAAGAUAUAUUAGAUGAAAUCAAUCAAAUCCCUGACGACUUUGACUUUGAUCAAAAACCACCAGAAACAGAAAAAUAUAAACGUUUAUCACAAGAACGCAGUGGGUUCUAUCGAUCUAAUUCCUAUAAUAGAAAACCGAAAAAAUCUGUUAUAUCAAAUCAGUAUUUAUCAAACAAAAUUGAAACAUUAAAUAAGACUGUCACGUUUUAUAACAGUUCAUCACCUUCCUCGUCACUUUUUGAUUCUAGAAGCCGUAGUGUAAGUAGGGGUCCUUCUACAAGAUCUAUGAACUCAUUUGCUUCAGUAAGUGAAGAAGUGAAUGAAGAAGAUGAAAUUCAAGACGACAAUGGUGCGGGUGAAUAUUAUGGUGAAUUGAAUAAAGAAGUAAAUUGUGACUCUAAUUACCGGUUUCAAGUCACCCCAAGUUCAUAUAAUUCCACGGAUUUACGGACGAUCAGAGAAAUUAGGAACAAUCGAAAUCUGAUAAAUAGGAAGACUACUACUGAUAGUUAUAGAUAA